UAGAAGAAAGAAAAGUGCGUGCGUGCGUGCGUGCGUUGGAGAGAGGGGAAAAGGCCAUUUUUAGACAUAGAGAGAGAGAGAGAGAGAGAAGAGAGAUCCAUCGGCGGUCGUCGGAGAAUUUCGGUACUUCACGGCUUUCUGUUCCAAUCGGCAAGAAGAGCCUAAUUCAACGGAGGCGGAGGCGAUUUGUCCAGAGGAAACGUAAUCAUGGUGUUCUUCAGGACUGUAUCUGCACUUUCCAGGCUGCGUUCUCGUGCUGCGGAGCAGCAGUCAGCUCUCCGGAACUCGGUUCGAUGGCUUCAGAUGCAGAGCUCCUCUGAUCUAGACCUUCACUCGCAGUUGAAGGAAUUGAUUCCAGAACAACAGGAGCGUCUGAAGAAGCUUAAAUCUGAGCAUGGAAAGGUCCAAUUGGGAAAUAUUACUGUUGACAUGGUACUCGGUGGCAUGCGAGGAAUGACAGGAUUGCUAUGGGAAACUUCAUUGCUUGACCCAGAUGAGGGUAUUCGUUUUCGUGGUCUCUCCAUCCCUGAAUGCCAAAAGUUACUACCAGCUGUGAAACCUGGUGGAGAGCCACUUCCUGAGGGUCUUCUUUGGCUCCUUUUAACAGGAAAGGUUCCCAGCAAAGAGCAAGUGGAUGCACUAUCAAGUGAAUUGAGAAGCCGUGCAGCUGUUCCAGAUUACGUGUAUAAGGCUAUCGAUGCUCUACCAGUGACAGCUCAUCCGAUGACUCAGUUUGCAACUGGUGUAAUGGCCCUUCAGGUGCAAAGUCAAUUCCAAAAGGCAUAUGAGAAGGGGAUUCAUAAAUCUAAGUACUGGGAGCCUACAUAUGAGGACUCUCUUAGUCUAAUUGCUCGUGUUCCAGUUGUCGCUGCCUAUGUUUAUCGAAGGAUGUACAAGAGUGGUGAUGUUAUACCCACAAAUGAUUCUCUGGAUUAUGGGGGUAAUUUCUCUCACAUGCUUGGAUUUGAUGACCCUAAAAUGCAAGAGCUCAUGAGGCUAUAUGUCACAAUUCACAGUGAUCAUGAAGGGGGGAAUGUUAGUGCUCACACGGGCCACCUUGUAGCUAGUGCACUUUCAGAUCCCUAUCUUUCAUUUGCAGCUGCAUUGAAUGGUCUAGCUGGUCCACUCCAUGGUUUGGCUAAUCAGGAAGUGUUGCUUUGGAUCAAAUCUGUUGUAGAUGAGUGUGGAGAAAAUAUUUCUACCGAGCAGUUAAAAGACUAUGUUUGGAAGACAUUGAAUAGUGGAAAGGUGGUUCCGGGAUUUGGUCAUGGAGUGCUCCGUAAAACAGACCCCAGAUACACAUGUCAGAGGGAGUUUGCACUGAAGCACUUACCUGAUGAUCCGCUAUUCCAGCUGGUGUCCAAGCUCUAUGAAGUGGUGCCUCCUAUUCUCACCGAGUUGGGGAAGGUAAAAAACCCGUGGCCGAAUGUUGAUGCGCACAGUGGAGUUCUACUGAAUCACUUUGGACUGACCGAAGCUAGGUACUACACUGUUCUUUUCGGUGUAUCGAGGAGCAUCGGCAUAUGCUCUCAGUUGAUCUGGGAUAGAGCACUCGGAUUGCCUCUUGAGAGGCCCAAAAGUGUCACAAUGGAUUGGCUGGAAAAUUACUGCGGGAAGGUGGCUUCGGCCUGAACGGGAGAUGGAUGAGCAUCAUUUUGCAUUCGUGUCUGUCAAUAAAUUGCGAGAGCCUUGGUUUCGCGAUGCUGAGAGAAUGCACUAAUAAUAAACUGCGAGCUUCAUUAGUUUUUGUUGGGAUAUGUGGGUGCCUGGGCAUAGUGAUUAUUUUUUGGGGAGAGUAAAAAAUGGAAAGUCAAAUUUGACCAAAAAAAUUACAAUUUUCUUUGCUCCUGUUCUUCUGUUCUAAUUGUCUACCUGUCAGUUCUAAUAACAUUACCAUGACUAUAUCAAUAUGAUACUUGGUUUCAUAUAUUUCAGGAAA